AUGAACCUCCUCUACCGAAAAACCAAGCUGGAGUGGAGGCAGCACAAGGAAGAGGAGGCCAAGAGGAGCUCCAGUAAGGAGGGGGCUCCCGCAGGCUCCGCGGGGCCCGGGGCCGGCCCAGGGCCGGGGGUCCGCGUGCGGGACGUCGCCUCGCUGCGCCGCUCGCUCAGGAUGGGCUUCAUGACGAUGCCCGCCUCCCAAGAGCACACCCCCCACCCCUGCCGCAGCGCCAUGGCCCCACGCUCCCUCUCCUGCCACUCGGUGGGCAGCAUGGACAGCGUGGGGGGCGGGCCUGGGGGGGGCGGGGGGGGUCUCACAGAGGACGGCAGCACCCGAAGACCCCCGGCCAAGCCCCGGAGACACCCCAGCACCAAGCUCAGCAUGGCAGGGCCGGGGGCAGAGACGCCCCCCAGCAAGAAAGCAGGCUCACAGAAGCCAACCCCCGAGGGCCGGAAGGUUCCUCCACAGAAGCCCAGGCGAAGUCCCAACACCCACCUCUCUGUCUCCUUUGAUGAGUCCUGUCCCCCAGCCACCUCUCCUCGAGGGGGGAACCCGCCCCUUCAGCGCCUCAGUAGGGGGUCCUUUGCAGCUGGGGACCCUGAGGUGGGUGGCCAGGAAGAAGAGCCGGUGUACAUCGAGAUGGUGGGGGAUGUCUUCAGGGGAGGAGGGCGGAGUGGAGGGGGACUGACUGGGCCCCCUCUUGGGGGUGGGGUGGGGCCGACCCCAACGGCUGGCGCUGACUCGGACUCAGAAGAGAGCGAGGCCAUAUACGAGGAGAUGAAGUACCCGCUGCCCGAGGAGGCCGGGGAAGGCCGCGCCAAUGGGGCCCCUCCGUUGACGGCCAGCUCCACACCGCACCAGCCUCACGCCCUUCAGCUCCACACCCAGCGCCGUCCAGCUUCAGCCCUCCCGAGCCGGAGGGAGGGGACGCCCACCAAGACCACUCCUUGUGAAAUCCCGCCACCGUUCCCCAACCUCCUCCAGCACCGUCCUCCACUCCUGGCCUUCCCCCAGGCCAAGGCUGCUUCCCGAGCCCCUGCCGAUGGGGUCUCGAGGCUACCGGUCCUCUGCCACUCCAAGGAGCCAGCCGGCUCCACCCCAGCUCCCCAAGUGCCUGCCCGGGAGCGGGAGACGCCUCCCCCACCGCCCCCGCCUCCGGCUGCCAGCCUGCUGCUGCUGGGACCCUCGGGCCGAGCCCGGAGCCACUCGACACCGUUGCCGCCCCAGGGCUCUGGCCAGCCCCGGGGGGAGAGGGAGCUCCCCAAUUCCCACAGCAUGAUCUGCCCCAAGGCGGCAGGGGUGCCGGCAGCCCCUCUUGCCCCGGCUGCCUUGCUCCCCGGCCCCCCCAAGGACAAGGCCGUGUCUUACACCAUGGUGUACUCAGCAGUCAAGGUGACCACGCACUCCGUCCUGCCCACCGGUCCGCCCCUGGGUCCUGGGGAGCCAAAGACGGAGAAGGAGAUCUCAGUCCUCCACGGGAUGCUGUGCACCCGCUCGAGGCCCCCCGUGCCUGGGAAGUCCAGCCCCCAUGGCGGGGCUAUGGGCGCAACAGCUGGGGUUCUCCACCACCGCGCCUGCCUGGCCUCCCCGCACAGCCUUCCGGACCCAACUGCAGGCCCCCUGACCCCUCUCUGGACCUACCCAGCUGCGGCAGCUGGGCUCAAGAGACCCCCUGCCUAUGAGAGCCUCAAGGCUGGGGGGGUGCUGAAUAAGGGCUGUGGAAUGGGGGCUCCAGCCCCCGUGGUCAAGAUCCAGCUGCAGGAGCAAGGGACCGACGGGGGGGCCUUUGCCAGCCUCUCCUGUGCCCACGUCAUCGCCAGCGCGGGGACACCAGAGGAGGAAGAAGAGGAGAUGGGCGCCUCGACGUUUGGGGCAGGCUGGGCUCUGCAGAGGAAGGUCCUGUAUGGCGGGAGGAAGGCGAAAGAGCUGGACAAGGUCGAGGACAGUGUCCAGGCCUGGAACGGCAGUGCCGAGGGCCCAGGCAAGGUGGAGCAUGAGGACAAAGGCUCUAUGGCCUCAGGGAUCCCAGUGAGGAGCCAGGGGGCAGAGGGCCUGCUGGCCAGGAUCCACCACGGAGGGGACCGAGGAGGAAGCCGCACCGCGCUGCCCAUACCCUGCCAGACCUUCCCCGCCUGCCACCGCAACGGAGACUUCACAGGAGGCUACCGCCUGGGCCGCUCCGCCUCCACCUCAGGAGUCCGGCAGGCCGCGCUCCACACGCCCCGGCCCUGCAGCCAGCCCAGGGAUGCCCCGAGCCAGACCCAGCCUGCGCUGCCGCUGCCCCUGCCGCCCCAGGCCGCCCGCGAGCGCGACGGCAAGCUGCUGGAGGUGAUCGAGCGCAAGCGCUGCGUGUGCAAGGAGAUCAAGGCGCGCCACCGGCCCGACCGCGGCCUCUGCAAGCAGGAGAGCAUGCCCAUCCUCCCCAGCUGGCGGCGCGGGCCUGAGCCCCGCAAGUCCGGCACCCCGCCCUGCCGCCGGCAGCACACAGUCCUCUGGGACACCGCCAUCUGA